AUGCAGGCGUUUGUCCCGAAGAAUAGAAGACCCCGGUUCGAGCUUGUUUUAAGGAUCAUCGAUAUCAACAAUGUUCCCUUAGGAAAUGGCACUGCGUGGAUAAAAUGGCGUCUUCCAUCAUCAAGCGGUGCCACAGAAAGCCAGGGUCACACGGAAAAGGCACCCCUUGCAGACCACCGUGCAUCAUGGAAUUACGAGAAAACUUCUCUUGUGAGAAUCACAAUCGACAGGAACUCGAUGCUGCAGGAGUGUGAUAUCAACUUUGAAGUUAUUCAAGAAUUUCACUCCUCACCAUCCAACGAAAAGAAUAUUCUGGGCAAAAUCAAACUCAAUCUUUCCGAAUACGUGGAUAAGGUUGACGAAGACGAAGGGGUGAUCAGGCGAUACCUGAUGUUUGACAGUAAGGUCAACAGUACAGUCAAAAUCGGCAUUGCUAUGCACCAAGUUGAGGGAGAUAGAAACUUCACAACGCCACCUUUGAAAUCUGCCACGGUAUUCGGAGGUAUUGCGAGAGUAGUCCACACAGCAGAGCCCGGGGACUCGGAUGAAUCAGGCCAUCUACCAUCAAUUAACACAAAAACGAACGAAGUGGCGGAUAUGCAAGACAUGUACCGGCGUACCCUGGCAGCCUCGUGGAUGUCGCGAGCAUGCGAUUUACCAGCUGACAAGCUGAUUGAAGAACUAUUUGCUGGAAGCUCAUGCUGGAACAAUGACGCCCAUAACACAGCUGAGACAGGCGACACCCACUCAAGCGCCUUUCUCGGCGUAGAAGCAGCUGAACGCCAACCUCGCUCAGGGAAAAAGCUCUCUCCUAGCUUUGAGCGACGGCCCAAAAGCGUUGCAAGUAUUCACUCCCACAGUAGUGGAAAGACUCCAGAAUCACUUUCUACCCUUGGGACCUCUCAAAAGAACAGGGAUCUAGAGCAACAUUUAUAUGACGGGAAAGGCCGAAGCUGGAAGAGUCGGAAUGCCGAGCAUGAACGAUCCGAGUUUGAUGUUCGGGAGGAUCUACGGAGCUGGGAAUACACACAGAAGGACUAG